CUGGAAACAUGUCUGUGGACUUUUAUCACCUGCAGCUAAAUAACACUCUGGAGAUGGAAGACACACACUUCAUCAUGAAGGGCAAAGGCGCCAAUGAAGAGCCGGGCGUGCUGACGGGGGAGGGGCACACGCAGGCCCAGCAGGACUCUGUGGACUCAGGUGUGGACCUGGUCUACGCCCUCAACGACCGCCCGCCAUGGUACCUCUGCAUCCUGCUGGGGUUUCAGCAUUACGUGCUGGCGUUUGGCGGCAUCAUCGCCAUCCCGCUCAUCUUGGCCGAGCCGCUGUGCAUCAGUGACAACAACCUGGCCAAGAGCCAGCUCAUCUGCACCAUCUUCUUCGUGUCGGGCCUCAGCACGCUGCUGCAGACCGCCAUCGGCGUCAGACUGCCGAUCCUCCAGGGCGGGACGUUCAGCUUCAUCACCCCCACCAUCGCCAUUCUGUCCCUGCCCAGGUGGCAGUGUCCGGGCCCCCGGGGGCCUACCACCUCGUCCACGCCCCUGCAGAACAGCACCAGCCCGCUGGGGAGCGACGGCGGCGACGAGGUGUGGAUGUCGCGAAUGCGCGAGAUCCAAGGAGCCAUCUUGGUGUCCUCCUUGGUUCAGAUCCUGCUGGGCUUGACGGGCCUGGUGGGUUUGGUUCUGAAGUACAUCGGACCGUUGGCCAUCGCUCCCACCAUCAGCCUCAUCGGCCUGUCUCUCUUCAUCGAGGCGGGCAAGAAGUCGGGCGCCCACUGGGGCAUCGCCGCUCUCACGGUGUGUCUCAUUCUGCUCUUCUCGCAGUACCUCAGCAAGGUGGACGUCCCUCUGGUGGCCUACAAGGACAAGAAGUGGAAGGUCUUCCACUACCCUCUCUUCAAGCUCUUCUCAGCUCUGUUCGGGAUGUGUGGCAGCUGGCUGCUCUGCUACCUGCUGACCGUCUUCAACGUGCUGCCGUCUGAGGCGGACCAUUACGGCUUCUUGGCCAGGACCGACAUCAACACGGACGCCAUCACCACCUCGCCCUGGUUCCACAUCCCGUACCCAGGUCAGUGGGGUUUGCCCACAGUGAGCGUCUCGUCAGUUUUGGGAAUGAUGGCGGGCGUCCUGGCGUCCACCAUGGAAUCCAUCGGCGACUACUACGCUUGCGCUCGACUGUCGGGCGCCCCGCCCCCGCCCACCCACGCCAUCAACCGCGGCAUCGCCGUGGAGGGCCUGGGCUGCAUCCUGGCCGGCCUGUGGGGGACCGGAAACGGAACCACGUCCUACAGCCAGAACAUCGCUGCGCUCGGCAUCACCAAGGUUGGCAGCAGGCUGGUCCUUCAGACGGCUGGAAUUCUUAUGAUCGUCCUGGGAAUCUUUGGGAAGUUUGGAGCCGUUUUUAUCACCAUCCCAGAUCCGGUUAUUGGCGGCAUGUUUCUUAUUAUGUUUGGAAUGAUCGCGGCCGUGGGAAUAUCCAACCUACAGUAUGUGGACCUCAACUCAUCUCGCAACCUCCUCAUCCUGGGCUUCUCCACCUUCAGUGGUCUGGUGCUGCCCACCUGGUUCCACUCCAACCCAGGCAUCAUCGACACAGGAGUGAAGGAGUUGGACCAGGUGAUCGUGGUGCUCUUCACCACUCACAUGUUCAUUGGAGGCUUCUUUGGUUUCAUCCUGGACAACACCAUCCCAGGCUCACCUGAGGAGCGAGGUCUUCGCAAGUGGCAGCACGCAGCUCAAGAUGGCUGCCAGGUCACAUGUGACUUGACGUGUUACGACAUUCCUUUCUGCAACUUCCUGUGGAAACGUUCCCGCUUCUUCCAGUACCUCCCCUUCCUCCCGUCCUACAGGAGGCAGCAGUAGGGGGCGCCUCUUCACGUGUCUGCGGCACUUGAACGCACCGUUGUUUACAAACACCUCAAACAUCAGCAAUAAUCACUCACCUCAUCAAUACAACACCUUUCCAGUGCUAACGAGCUUGCUUUUAAAGA